AAGCAAAAAUUCCUGUCUAAAAUUAUUUAUUUUUUGAAAAUAAAUUCUGGUAAUUUGCGGAGAAAAUGCCAUUAUUUAUGGCAGAAAGGCAAAACAAUCAAGACACCCCAAGGAUCAUCAUAACCUUUUUCUUCUUCUCGAUCCAAACUCUGUUUGCUCUCUAGAUUGUUAAACUUUCUUCACUCUAGGAAUGUCAUGGAUACUGGAAUCAUGACAUUAUUCGAGGAGAAAGAAGAAGAUCCGUCUUCUUGUCGGAGAAUUUUAGGGCAGAUGUGGAUUUGAGCAGUGAAUUUCGAAAUUUGGGGGAAAGAAUGUUCAAACAAUUAUUGAGUAAACUUCCUCGGAAGUCUUCAAAACCCGACUCAGGAGGAGACCUCUCUCGUUCUAGCUCCGCUCCGGUUCCCUCCAACUCAGGGAAACGUACGUCCUCCUCCGCCGUCUUCCCAUCAACAAUAGAGCCGCUGCUACCGUUCAAAGACGUACCAAACUCCGAGAAGCUAAACCUCUUCGUGAGCAAAAUCAGCCUCUGCUGCGUUACAUUCGAUUUCUCCGACCAAAGCAAAAACUCCAUCGAGAAAGACGUGAAAAGACAGGCUUUACUCGAGCUUCUGGACUUUGUAGGCUACGGUUCCGUUAGAUUCACCGAGCCAGCUGUUCUCGCAGUGUGUAGAAUGUGCGCUGUGAAUCUCUUUAGAGUUUUCCCUCCGAGUUACCGGGAGAACGAUGGUGAUGAUAACGAGCCGGUGUUCGACCCUGCGUGGCCUCAUUUGCAGAUGGUUUACGAUCUGUUGCUUAAGUUCAUUACCUCUCCGUGUCUUGAUGCUAAAAUGUCAAAGAAGUAUCUAAACCAUGGGUUUAUACUGAGGUUACUCGACUUGUUUGAUUCGGAGGAUCCUAGAGAACGAGAGUGUUUGAAGACGGUUCUGCAUCGUCUCUACGGGAAGUUCAUGGUUCACAGACCUUUUAUCCGCAAGUCAAUGAGUAAUAUAUUCUACAGGUUUGUGUUUGAGACGGAGAAGCACGGCGGAAUCGCCGAGCUUCUGGAGGUUUUCGGAAGCAUAGUGAGCGGAUUCGCGCUGCCUUUGAAAGAAGAGCACAAGAUGUUUUUGUGGAGAGUGUUGAUUCCACUUCACAAAGCUAAGUCCCUUGGGAGCUACUUCCAGCAGUUAACUUACUGCGUCGCUCAGUUUGUGGAUAAGGAGCCGAAGCUGGGGAGUGUUGUGGUGAAGGGCUUGUUGAAGUUCUGGCCUGUCACGAAUAGUCAAAAGGAAGUGAUGUUUAUUGGAGAGGUCGAGGAGGUUGUUGAGGGGAUGAGUGUGGUGGAGUUUCGGAAAGUGAUGGUUCCGUUGUUCUUGAGGGUUGCUUGUUGUGUCAACAGUUGCCACUUUCAGGUUUCUGAAAGAGCUUUGUUCUUGUGGAACAACGAUCAGAUUGUGAAUUUGGUUGCACAUAACCGGGAAGCUAUACUACCGAUCAUGUUCGCUGCUUUGGAGAAGAAUGCUGAGAACCACUGGAACCAAUCCGUGCUGAACCUAACCCUAAACGUGAGGAAAAUGUUGUGUGAAAUGGACGAGGAUUUGUUCAUGUCUUGCCACGCACGCUUUCAGGAGGAGGAAGCAAAGCAAUGUUCUGUAAUUGAGAAGAGGAAAGAAAAAUGGGCAAGGCUAGAGAGUGCAGCUAGUAUGAAGCCGGUAACUGGAAAGACAGCUGUUCUGGUAUAACUCCCUUAGCAACUACCAUUGCCUGCUAGAAGCAGCAACAUCAGAAGAAGAUGAUGAUGAUGGAAUAGCUGUUGCUUAAGCUAUGGUUUGAGAACUUUUCAUCUUUUGUAAUAUUAUAUAGUUUUGAUGUUGUUAACCAUGCUGCAGAUUUCAAGUGAAACUCUUUGUAUUCAAGUAAGUUUGUCUAGAAAUCUUUUUCUUUCAA